ACGCGGGUAAAUUUUUUAUUAAUUUACAUAAAACUUGGUGCAUUUUUCAAAUAAUAAACACAUAUUCCUUCAAAUUGUAAAAUGGCUGUAUUCGAUGUUUUUGAUCCACUACGUGGUAUUACUCCACGUUUUACUGAAGAUCAAUUAGCCGAUAUCAUUGAGUGGUUCGAUAGCACUGCAAAACCUUUAUUAUCAAUUAACGAUGGAGAGCCAAUAAAUGUAAUAAGUGUUGAAAACCUAAUAAAGUAUUUAGAAUUGAAGAAAUUUCAUAAGAGAAGUUUUCAUUACCCUUCAUAUGCAGAAAUUAUGACUGAAGUUGAAAAAUUAAAAGCUGGUGUAUUUAGAGCAUUGACCAAGGAACAAGUUAUUUAUAUGUUAGACAAAUGGGUGUUGGAAACAAACCUAAAGCACGAGCUGAGACUUGCUUUUAAGGUGUUUGAUACAGAAAAAAGGGACUUUCUAGAAAUUGAUGAAAUUCAAACCAUUGUCACGCAGUAUGGAGAUAUAUUUGAUGCGGAUGAAACCAGAGAGAUGCUCCGAGAUGCUAAUGUUCGAGGUGAUGGAAAUGUAUUUUAUGAAGAUUUCAUAGAAAGCAUGUUUAAUCUGGCACCAGAACUUAAUGAAAUCAAGACGGAAUACUUAUACGAAGAUCCAAAUGAAGAUCCAUCCGUACCACCUGAUCCUGUUAUUGAGGAGGAGGAACCACCACCGCCACCUGCAACGCCACCUCCACCGCCAGCACCGCCAGCAGCACCAGCAGCAGCUGCAAAGAAGGGAAAGAAAUAAUAAAGUCAAUAACACA